GCUCUGGUAGGAAGCAUGAUUUAUAGAGAAGCUAACACGUUCUGAAAAAGAGGAAAAUAAACACAGACAGCAAACCACUAUCUUUGAGCCACUUGGCCUUUAAGUAUGACGAGAUCCAGACCUUUUAGUUUCACUUCAGUGAUCUCCAAAACAGGAAGCUUGUGUUUGCCACUAUUCCAGUUGGUGUUCUCGGACCCACUGUGUGAAGAAAAUGAAAUGUGUAUAAACUAUAAAGAUCAAUACCCAAAUGACUGGUAUAUCUGGUUUUUGCUUCUAAUUUUCCUGGUGGCUCUGCUCUGUGGAGCAGUGCUCUUCUGCCUUCAGUGCUGGCUGAGGAGAUGCCAACUUGCUUCCUCAAGACGCACCAUGGCUGUUUUUGCUGUUGGAGACUUGGACUCUGUUUAUGGGGCAGAAGCAGCUGUGAAUCCAACUGCUGGAAUCCACCUUCAAACACAGAUCCCCACACUGCACCCUGCUGCGUGUUUCAACACUUUAGGACCCCCUCCUCCAUACGAAGAAAUUCUGAAAUCAAGCCAGUUUUAGAUCUGGAUCGCCAACUGAAAACGUUAGAGAUGUUUUCAGUCCAAAACAUCAAAUUUAGGAACAGUUUUUUUUUAUUGAGCGGGAAUUUCCAGAGAUCUAUUAACAUAACCUGAGAAAGGACAAAUAGAAAAAGAAUGAAUGUAGGGAAAGAAUUUUGGUCAGGAAAAUGUUUCAGUAGUAAGUUAGUGGAUUCAAUGUAUCACUGCUGUGGUAUACUUUUUUGCUAUGUAACUAAAUCAAUGUUUCUUCAUUAAUGCUCAGUAAUUAAUGCUCAGAGUGGCCUCCAGUAAAUUUAGGAUUCCAUUCUAGUACAUAUCACAGCUUUGUCUGCCUCAGUAUCUCUGUUUUAAUCUGACCUUGUUCCUAAUAUAGAGUUUAUAAAAAUUAUCAUAAUUUAAUUAUGACUCAAGCAGAAAUUCAGACAUGUGCAGAGCCAGAAUCAGAAAGAGAAAAACAAAAAGUUGGAUUAAUUCCUCAAAAAUGUUCAAGCUAUAAAUAAUGCAAAUAAUUAGUACUGAGUUUUAAAACAGGUGCUAUUCAUAUUGACAAACUAGGCAGAGGGGGGAGUGUGUGUGAAGGAAGAUGGUAGACUAGAAUAAGAAAGCUGAAUUCGAAUUUCAGAUUAUGUGCAGUCAGUAAAUAACAUCUAAAUUUUUAAAAAAAUCAGAAAAUAAUGGUGAAGCACUGCUUUUGGAAAUUAGGUCACAAAUACCUGAAGCAAAACACUCAAGAAUUGAAAAUAAUUGCCUUGCCUGGGCCAGGAGGCUCAGUUGAUCGGUGUGUUGUGCUGUGCACCAAAAGCUUGCAAGUUCAAUCUCAGGUUGGGGCACAGACCUAGGCUGUGGGUUUGAUCCCCCAUCAGGGUAUAUAAGGGAAGCCACUGAUCAAUGUUUUUCUCUCAAAUGGAUGUUUUUCUCCCUCUCUCUCCCUUUCUCUUUCUCUAAAAUCAAUAAACAUAUCCUGGGGUAAGGAUUUGAAAAAAAAAAAAGAAAGAACAUAAUUACCUCAAGAAACAAGAUUUAGAGAUAAUGUUAUGGGGAUUAGGUAGAGCAGGAUAAUGCUGUUUUUCAUUGUUGUUUUUAAUCAUAGGCCCACAACACUAUUUGUCUUUUAAAAUGAAAGGCAUGCAUUACUUUAAUUUAAAAGAAAUAUAAAGUUAAAUAAAUGUUGGCAAGGUUAUAGCUUGCAAUUGCAAACAAACAAAGUCACACUAUCAGAAAAAUGUUAAACGUAAAUGUGUUUAAAUGGUGGGGCUACAGAUGAUUUUAUUUUUUAUUCAUGUUUCUGAAUUUGUGUUCAUGUCCUAAAAGUUAUGUGUGUUAAAAUCCAUUCCACUUACAGAACACUCAGUCAACAGUUGUAAUUAACACCUAGGAAAGUGUAAGCACAUCUGGAAAUGGGGCUAAUGAUUCAGCAGCUGCAGUUGUCAGAAGUUAGUGAAAGUCCAGGUUCAAGUGAUCAGCAUGUAUUUUUAGGAGAGUUGCAUUUAUGUGUCAGAGUAAGUCUAAACAGGGUAUAUGCUUGGCCUCUGGUUGCCUGGUUUAUUUUUCUGGGUGGAGGAGGAGAGGUGGUGAUAGGGUUUAAGCAGGUGCAUAGGAUUGGUAGCAAAAGAGUUUGUUUUAAUAGAAAGUUUUCUGACAGAUAUCUCAUCAAAUAUCAGAGGUUACAUUUUUAUUUAUUGCCUAAGUAAUACUUACUGAAUAACUGUUAUGUGCUAAUUACUGUACAAAGUCUGAAUUCGUUUCUCCAACUUACUCAGGUAUUAUUUGUAAUGGCACUACAAUUUCUACCACUUGGCUCUGACCACCAGAGACUGGGGAGUUCUGUAGCAGAAAUUCUUUAGGGUCCACUGAAAACUGCUGAGAAUUCUACAAUAAUAAACCUAAUUUAGAUUAUAGAAUUAGCAUGACACAUUUGAAAAGAAAUUUAGCAAGAUAAACCUGUGUUCCUUUUCUGUCAUCUCAUCUCUGGAAAUCUUUGCCUGCAUUAAAAUUAAGGUUCACCAAUAAAUUUUUAAUAUUGUAUUUAACCUGGUGUGUCAUAUUUUAAUUCUGACAGUAGUAGAUUUUUUUUUCUUCCCAUAUUAAAGAGCCUUCUUUUUCUCAAAUGAGGUUUCCUUACUACUGAAGGUGGAGCUUUUUCCUUCAAUAUCCAGCAGAGGGCAUGAAAGCCUAUCUGUGAUUCCAGCCCAUUAACUAGAUUUGAUUUAGUGGUUAAAUGAAACCAUGCAGCUGGAUUACUAUUAAUCUCAGAUUUUUUAUAAA